UACUAAGAAGUUGUUUCUCUUAUAAAUUUUAAUUCCUACUCCUGCUAGUCGUACAUGUACAAAUGUGUGAUGUAAAGAAGUUUGAUAUUGUUUCAAACCUUCACAUCGAAGAUGCACAGCCAGAAAAUGGAGAAAUCAAUCAUAUGAGCUAUCUCUCUGACCAUAUUGGUGCACUUUUCCUUUGUGAUGAAUACAGUGAUGUUUCCUUCAAGGUCGACAAUGAAACCAUUCAUGCCCACAAAGUUGUUCUCGCAGCCUGUAGUGAUUAUUUCAGAGCCCUGUUGUAUGGGGGUAUGAAAGAGUCGCAACAGUCAGAAAUUGAGAUUAUUGGAACAAAUGUAAAUGCAUUUAAAUCAUUAUUAAAAUAUAUAUACACUGGAAAGCUAUCUCUCUCCAGCCUAAAGGAAGAUGCUAUACUUGAUAUUCUUGGACUUGCGCAUCAGUAUGGAUUUAUACAACUUGAGAAAGCAAUUUGUGAUUAUUUAGUCAAAUCUAUUACUAAUGAAAAUGUGUUUUCAAUUUACGAUGCUGCCAGAUUAUACCAACUCGAUAUAGUUAUUGAGACUUGUAAGAAAUUCAUAGAUCAAGUUUUUGCUCCAAACUUGUCUAAAGCUGAGAAUCCGAAGAAUUUUGUUAAUUUGUCAGCUGAUGGAUUGAAAGAGAUCAUUGAGCGAGAUUCAUUUUAUGCUCCUGAGGUAGAUAUAUUCCAAAUGGUUGAAGCUUGGGCUGUGGCAAAUAACAUGAAGGGCAUGCCACAGCUUGCUGAUGUCCUGUCCGCUGUUAGAUUUGAACUGAUGACUCCUCGAGACUUGUUUUCAGUUGUACGCCCAACUGGCUUUGUACCUUCUGACACUAUUCUUGAUGCCUUGCAACUUCAGACCAAUGCCAGAAACAGUUCGUUAAAAUACCGAGGUUUAUUGAUACAAAAUGAAAAUCUCGCUGUUUCUCGUUUUGGCACCAAGGUAUUACAAGGAGAAAUGCGUUCUGCACUUUUGGAUGGCAACACAUUUCAUUAUGAUAUGGAAAAAGGGUAUACAAGACAUCACAUAAAUGAAGUUGAAGAUCAUGGGAUUUUGAUAAGGCUAGGAACUCAGGCUCUCGUCAAUCAUAUCAAGAUGUUACUAUGGGAUAAAGAUUUGAGGUCUUAUUCUUAUUAUAUUGAGGUGUCAAUGGAUCAGAAUGAUUGGGUUCGAGUAAUAGAUUAUUCAACAUUUUACUGUAGAUCUUGGCAGAAGCUGUAUUUCGAACCUAGAGUAGUUCAGUACAUUAGGAUAGUAGGUACUCAUAAUACUGUCAAUCUUGUGUUUCAUGUUGUUUCCUUUGAAGUCAUGUACAUUACAGAUCUUCCUAAAACUAUCAACGGCCUAGUCAAACCCACAUACAACGUUGCUACAACUUGCGAAAGUGCAACUGUUGUUGAAGGAGUUAGUAGGAGCAGGAAUGCAUUAUUAGAUGGGAAUACCAAAACCUAUGAUUGGAAUUAUGGAUAUACUUGCCAUCAAAUCGGUAGUGGAAAUAUACUGGUUCAGCUUGGUCAGCCUUAUCUAGUUGAUUCUAUGAGGCUGUUACUUUGGGAUUGUGAUGAUCGAAACUAUCACUAUUAUAUUGAGGUCUCUGUGAAUAGAAGAGAUUGGGAAAAAGUCUGUGAUAAACGUGAUCAGUUGUGUCGAUCAUGGCAGUAUAUAUCGUUUGAAAUGCGUCCAGUAGUUUUCAUUAGGAUUAUCGGAACCUAUAAUACUGCAAAUGAGGUAUUCCAUUGUGUGCACUUAGAAUGUCCUGCAGUUACUGAUAAGGAAGAAAACUGCUAUAAUGGCAUCCCAGUUGAAGCUUCGCUCCCUAAUAAUGAGGAACCUGCUGAAGACGGGGCUGCAGUCAUAAUGAAUAUAUCUCAAAUUUUCUCAGAAGAUUCUGACUGAUUACAAAUUUAUAUCUUUAGAUAAAAAUGUAAAAGAAAAUGAAAAAUCUAUUUCUAUUUUGUGUUACCAUUUAUACUUGUAUAUAUUUUUGUUGUUUUUUUAAUAUAGUUUUAGUUAAUAAUUGACUCAUUACAUCCAUUUGUUACAUCCAAGCCCAAAGAAUCGUUUUUAAAAUGUUUUUUUGAGUCAGUUGAUCAGAAGUAUUAUGAUUUUAAAUAUUUAUCUUGUGCUAAAAUAAGGAAUAAUUGUAAUUUAUGAAAAUUACUUACACAUUUAUUUGAUGUAAUUGUUAGAGCUCCCUAUUGCCUCUAUUUGAAUUGAUCAUUAUUGUGUAUCAAUUAGUGUAAUUUUCUGAUUUUAUGUUUAAAGGAAGAAGAAGCUGUUCUAAAAAUUAAACACUAGAUAUUAUGUUGAUUACUAAUCAGUUAUAUCAAAGUAAUUUAUGAAAUUAAAAUGUUAUUUAUUGAAUUGGAGGAACUUUUUAUUCAGAACAUAUUGCUUUAAAUGGAUCCCAGAUACUUGUGUGAUAUAUUCCUUUGUUCAAAUCUUAUAUGUUUAGUCUUGAAAUAAAAACUUUGUUUUAUUGUUUAUAUCUAGGGCUACAAACUAUUUCCAACAUUUCCCUAAGCACCUU